CCACUUAAUUUUCGAGGCUUUCCAAAUCUAUUGACCUUAAACUUGUAUCGGGUACAUUUUGAAAGCGAUAAAUUUGGGGAGCUUGUCACUUGUUGUCCGUUACUUGAGAUUCUGAUUAUUCACUGCCAUAACGGUCCUUUUCACAAAGUGAAACCAGUUGAUAUAACAAAACUUGAAUAUCUGAAAACGUUAAGUAUGUCAUUAUCUAACCUUGACACAAGGACAUUAACAGGUUCCAGCAUCUUUCAGCUUGUGGGUUCUUUUUCAAAACUUCAGGAAGUUGAUUUGGUUUUUUUAAACUGCAAGUUAUUGGCAGAAGCUGGUGCUAAAAAGAGGGUCACUACCACUUUUCCUUGUCUCCAGACCCUAAGAUUAAGGUCGAUAGAUUGUAAUAAGGAUAUCGAGGUAUCAUUAGUUCUGAAAAUGAUAUGUUGCUCCCCAAAAUUGCAGAAGCUUCUGAUCUUGGGUACAUCCGAAAAUGACGUCCCACCAGUUGCCCCCUGUUCUUCAGAUUUAGACGAUACCACAAUGUCGCAGUCGCAGCUUCAGAGUGUGGUGUUUGCAUGUUCCAAAGGUUCCAAGUUUGAAGUAUAUCUGAUAAAGUCUUUACUUGCUUGUUCUCCCUUGUUAAAGAAGAUUGCCGUUGGGCUCAACUCAUCCUUAGUGGUGGGUGGUGCAGAUGGAAAGCUUCAGUUUGCUGAGAAGUUGUUGAAGCUCCAUCGAGCCUCCCCUGUGGCAGAAAUAGACCUCUUCUAUUUUAGUAAAUGGGAUUCAUCUGUUGCAUAUUUUAAUUGGUGAUUUCUGUAAGUUAUGUAGCUCGGGUAGCACUCUACAUAUGUAAUCUAAGUGAAACUUUUACAUAUGUAGCACUCCAAACUCUGUUGCACUCCUUUUGUUUUAUA